AUGAGCAUCAUGAGGAAUGCCAGCCGGCCGUCCAUCUCCGGCAUCUCCACACUUUCUCGGCUGUUCUCAUGGGUCACCGACAUGACCACAUGCCCGAAGAAAUACCGGUUGAUUGUGUAUGCAUUCGGGCGGAAGGGCACUACCUCGGCGUGGCUGCAACAUUUACGCACCGAGCACCACAACACCCCGCUACUUUCCAAUCACUGCUGCACUAUGCGUUCCACUCUCGGCCCUCUUCUCAACAGUACCGCAAAGGACCUUCUCGGCAAGUUCGCCCGGCAGGAGUUGCGCCCGACGGGCAAUGGAGAAUUACCAUACAUAGCAAUGAUCCAUUAUACGUCGCUGGCGGCCAUGAUGCUCGGCUUCGAGCGGCUGAUGAAGCCUGAUGUGGCCGAGGAACUGGGUCUCGGGGAAGUGAUGGACAAGUACUGCACGAUCAUGCUGCCGGAGGGUAAGACCCAGGAGGAGGUCCUGGUGGACAUGAUCCUCGGCUUCCGAGCAGCGGAUGUCGCUCAACCGCCGCAGCCGGAGACAUCCUCGCUGCACGCCGAGCACUCUGGUGAACCAGAGGGGCAGGUCGGUGCUUGGAUGGAAGAUCCGCCUCAAGUCCGGGAUCAAAUCGAAGAUGCGCUCGAUGACAUCACGACCGAGCAGGCCAAAAUCCAAGAGAUGGUCGCCGAGCAAUUGAAGGCCGCCCAACAGCAACUCCAGCAUCUUGAUGGCCGGCUGCAUGUGGAGAAGCUCCGGGACGAAGUGAGAGCUCACACCGACCGCAUCCACCUCCCUGUGCUCCCAAAAAUACCCGAGCCAGUCCAAGCCCUGAAUUGGUUGGACAGUCUCGGCGAAUCGAUGGCCGGCAUGGAUCUAUACAUCCAGGCAGAGGUGGAUUACUGGCGGGCGGUGGACCGAGUGAAGGCGGCCGAGUUAGCGGUCUUGCAGCCAGGAGAAGCGCCGAGUGCCGCGGCGGGCUCUUCGCCACCCCGUCCUGUCUCAGAGUCGCAUGAUGGAUAG